AUGGCAGACCCAACCGACCAACACUCAAUCGAAAGACCGACACCAGCAGUAGCAGCAGGACCGAGAAUAUCAAGUUCCGAAGCCGAAGCCCAGGCCCAGCAAACGCGCAUCGACACCACCAGUACAUCCAUGGCGCCACCAGCAUUAGCCUCAACAUCAACACCAACACCAUUAUCGACAGCAAAAUCCACUACUUUCACCUUCCCCAAAUCGUACGACUUCCCCCCCUUCUUCACGCUCCAACCGACAACCCAGACGCGGCACGCCCAACUCCAGAAAUGGUCCGCACUCACGCAACGCUACUGCGCGCACCACCGCCUCUGGAAACUACGCCUCCCCGACGCCCUGGCCACGCCCUUGUUCCACAACGCAGCUCUCAACAAGAAGUUAUCGCUCCGCGACGCGCGCGCCGUACUCGACUUCAUGGCGUCGCGCGAGGGUGGUGAGCGGGCGGAGUGGAUCGCACACGGCACUGCCGGGGUCGCCCACGGCAAGGGUACAGACCACCACCUGCCCUCGGAGGCGUGGAUCUGGUGGCGGCGCCCCGAGGAGUGGGGUGCCUUGAUUGCCGAGUGGGUUGAGAAUACGGGGCAGAGGGGCGUGGUGUUGACUCUGUAUGAGCUGGUCGAGGGCCAGGAGACGGAGGGGCAGGAGUUUUGGGGCUUGGAUGCCGACGUGUUGCGGAGGGGGUUGGGCGCGUUGGUGAAGAAGGGGAGGGCCCAGGUUUUCGGGGGCCAGGAGGAUCAGAUGGGGGUCAAGUUCUUUUGA